AUGCGGCCUUACCUCCACGACACUCCAGCUGCUCAGCAGAGCAUCGCACAGACCGCCGCCUGCUCCGUGCAAGGAAGUGACAAAGAGCUAGGUUUCGGCUUUGCCACUGAGCUGGCGUUCACCGUAGAGCCCAGCGACCAGAUAGCUGUGCAGGAACAGCCCCUGGUCUUGGAUUGCCAAGUGGAAGGGAUUCCACCCAUCAGCAUCACAUGGCGAAAGAACGGGCUGCUGGUGGCGGAGGGCGAGGAGCCCUUGACGCUGGCCAAUGGCUCCCUCUACUUCUCCCACUUCCGGAAGCGGAAGGAGGACGGCACUUCUGACGAAGGGGAAUACGGCUGCGUGGCUCGGAACCGCUUCGGUUUGUUGGUGAGCCGGAAAGCUCGGAUUCAGGCAGCAACGAUGUCUGACUUCCAUGUGCACCCCCAGAGUGCAGUCGUGGAGGAAGGAGGCGUUGCCCGCUUUCAGUGCCAGAUCCAUGGCUUGCCAGAGCCCAUGAUCAUAUGGCAGAAGAACCAUCUCCCUAUCAACACAAAUAAUGACAGGUAUACAUUGCUUCCCAAGGGAGUUUUGCAAAUUACAGGACUCCGAGACGAAGAUGCUGGGAUCUUCCACUGUGUCGCCAGCAACAUUGCGAAUGUGAAAUUUAGCCGAGGAGCCAGGCUCACCGUAUCAGGCUCUCCUUCUGCUGUUUACAAAGACCCCAUGAUCCUUGUGGGACCUGAGAACCUGACUCUGACGGUGCACCAGACUGCCAUUUUGGAAUGCAUUGCAACUGGGAAUCCCAGGCCUAUCGUCUCGUGGAGUCGACUUGACGGGCGUCCAAUUGGUGUAGAAGGAAUUCAGGUUCUUGGAACUGGCAAUCUGAUGAUUUCAGACCUCACUGUCCAGCACUCUGGGAUAUACGUGUGUGCGGCCAAUAAGCCUGGCACAAGGGUGAGGAGAACCGCCCAAGGAAGACUCGUGGUGCAAGCAAGGUGUCUUUCGCUUUUUUCCCCCAGCCCUGCAGAAUUUGUCCAGCACCCCAGUCAAAUCGCCAGGCCUGUGGGAACCUCUGCCAUUUUUACCUGCUUGGCUCAAGGAGAACCUUGCCCCCAGAUCACAUGGUUUAAGAAUGGACAAAUUUUGGAGCCGAGCGGGCAUAUUAAAUUGAAGACAACAUAG